AUGAAGAACCAUGAGAGUAAAGCGUACAGGGGAAAAAUCCCCCCCACUGGAAUUGAUUAUAAAUUAAAGAUGAGAAAGUUGGGUAAUGAAACUUCAGUGAAAACAACGAAUCCAGCUCUCAAAAAGAUAAGGAAACUUUGCGGUUGGAAUGAAUUGCCCCUAUGGCAAAGAGAUAAUGAACAUAUUUGGCAUGGCUAUGUCAUAGAAACUAAAAGUUUUAAAGGUUCUUUGGAUAGUCUAUUCUAUCUGCAUAAUGAAUCUGUAAACAUAUAUUCACACUUAUUACCAGGACUUUGCUUCUUGUUCAUUUUCAUAUUUGACAAGUACUUUGUCCAUAAGUUUGCAACCACGUCAUUGAUGGAUUAUAUUAUGCUUGACAUUUUCUUUUUAGGUGCAUUCUCAUGUCUUGCGCUAAGCUCCACCUACCAUUGUUUGAAAUCUCAUUCAUUACAAGUUGCACUUAUCGGUAACAAGUUGGACUAUCUCGGGAUAGUGCUACUAAUUAGCUCGUCUAUGAUUAGUAUCUACUAUUUUGGAUUUUUUGAUAAUAAGUCAAUGUUUUAUGGUUUUUCUGGCAUUACAUUACUAUUUGGUAUAUUAUGCGCAAUUGUGUCAUUAAAAUCCAAGUUUAGGUCAAGGGAGUGGAGACCUUACAGAGCAGGCAUAUUUGUAGCUUUUGGAUUAUCUGCUGUAUUCCCUAUAUUAACCGGUUUUGGUUACUACGGAAUAGUACAAACUACUAAUCGUAUUCAGCUGAAAUGGAUUCUUUUCGAGGCGUUAUUUUACAUCUUUGGAGCAUUUUUAUAUGGUAUACGUUUUCCUGAGAUGCUAGCGCCUGGUUCUUUCGACAUUUGGGGACAUUCACACCAAUUGUUUCACGUAAUGGUGGUUUUUGGAGCACUUUGCCAUUUAAAAGCACUGUUACUUUGCUAUAAUUUUGUUCAUAGUAGUAUUACAUUUCCGUUCCUUUAG